GGUCUUACUACAAUCAUGACUGCAUGUGGGAGAGCUGCCCUCAGUGUUCUGUUCCUGCUCACUGUGACUCAGGCUCCACUGGGUGUGACAGCAGGGAAGAUCCUCGUCUGGCCAGCAGAAUUCAGCUACUGGCUCAACAUCAAAGUCAUAAUAGAUGAACUAAUAAUCAGAGGACACAGUGUGACUGUCGUUACCCACAGUGCUACACCAUCUGUAAAGACAACUGAAUCUCUGGGCUACAAUGUGGAGGUAAUACAGGUGCCUUACACGAAGCAGGAUAUGAUCAAUAUCAUGUACAGAUUUAGAAGCUACUGGACAUACGACCUGCCAAAUGAAAAUAUGAUCCAGGCAUCCCUGAAGCUCAAGCAAAUGUUUGAUGUGACCACAGAACAUAAAAGGAUACUCUGCCAGAAGCUCUUUGCACGUGGAGACCUGCUGGAGAAGUGGCGUAAGGAACAGUUUGAUGUUCUUCUGACAGACCCCAUGACCAUGUGUGGUGAACUGCUGGCACAGAAGCUGAACCUGCCAUUUAUCAUCAGUCUGAUUUUCACAUUUGGAAAUGCUAUGGAGCGACUUUGUGGACAGCUGCCAACACCACCCUCCUAUGUGCCAGUGGCUGGCCUUGGAUACACAGAUCACAUGAGUUUCCUCCAGAGAGUGAAGAGCGUAUUAUUUAUCUUCACUCAAGACUUUCUGUUUAGUUUUGUGGCUAAAUCAAAGUGGGAUUCUAUAUAUACUGACAUCAUGGGCAAACCCACAACCCUGUGUGAGACAAUAGGAAAGGCAGACAUCUGGCUGAUCAAAACCUAUUGGGACUUUGAUUAUCCGCGACCAUCCUUGCCAAACUUCAAGUUUGUGGGUGGACUGCACUGCAAGCCUGCAAAGCCCCUGCCUAAAGAGCUGGAAGAGUUUGUGCAGAGCUCAGGGGAUGAUGGCAUUGUGGUGUUUUCAUUGGGAUCCAUUUUAAAGAACCUCACCAAAGAGAGAGCCAACACCAUCGCCUCAGCACUCGGGCAGAUCCCUCAAAAGGUCUUGUGGAGGUAUUCGGGAGAGAAACCUGAUACACUCUUUCCCAAUACAAGACUGUAUGACUGGAUUCCACAGAAUGACUUACUAGGACAUCCUAAAACCAAGGCCUUCAUCACCCAUGGUGGCAAUAAUGGGCUGUAUGAAGCUAUUUUUCAUGGCGUCCCAAUGGUGGGACUUCCAUUGUUUAUUGAUCAGCCAGAUAACAUGAACCACAUGAGAACAAAGGGGGCAGCUGUAAUGCUUGACUUCAACAGAAUGGAGUCCAAAGACCUGAGGGAUGCACUCACUGAUGUUAUAAAUAAUCCCUCGUACAAAGAGAACAUAAUGAGACUCUCCCGUAUCCACCAUGACCAGCCUAUGAAGCCUCUGGACCAGGCUGUCUUCUGGAUCGAGUUUGUGAUGCGGAACAAGGGGGCCAAGCACCUGAGAGUAGAAGCCCAUAACCUCACCUGGUACCAGUACCACUGCUUGGAUGUGGCUGCCUUUUUACUCUCCAUAACUGCACUGGCCAUGUUCAUCUUUGUAAAAACAUGCAGUUGGCUCUUCUGUAAAUGUUUAAGAAGAACCACAACAAAGAAGAAGAGAGAGUGAAUAAGACAGUGUUCAUCACUUUAGCUUGUAGGUAAUUCUGGGUUAAUUUUACAGGAAUUUGGGUAUGCAAGUGAAACUUUCCAUAAGUUGUUUCUUGUUUGUCUUACACAUUUUGGGCCAGUAUAAUUGAUAUAAAAUUCUUGAUCAGUAAUGAUUGCAGAAUAGUAGGAAGUGAUUAAAUAUACUACUUUGAUAAUUGAUGCAAGUCUCUGCGGCAAUA